AUGGAGAUAGGUAGUAUAGUUGAGUACUUAAAGGAUAAGAGCAUCUUUGUCACUGGUGCCAUUGCUUUUCUAGCAAAGAUCUUUGUGGAGAAGGUUCUUAGAGUUCAACCUAAUGUGAAGAAACUCUUCCUUCUUGUGAGAGCUAAGGAUGCCAAAUUUGCUACAGAGCGUGUGCAAAAUGAGGUGCUUGUAAAGGAGAUUUUUGAAGUCUUUAAAGAGAAACAUCGGAAGGACUUUGAUUCAUUUAUAUCCAAGAAGGUUUGUUCAAUUGCAAGAGAUAUUAUUUAUGAAGAUUUAGGGAUUGAGGAUUAUAAUCUUAAAGAAAUGUUAUGGGAGGAGAUUGACAUUGUUGUCAAUGUGGCUGGAAGUACCAACUUUUAUGAGAGAUAUGAUGUUUCUUUGAAUAUCAAAACCUUGGGAGCAAAGUAUGUUUUGGAGUUUGCAAAGCAAUGCACAAAAGUCCAGAUGCUUCUCCAUGUAUCAACAGGGAUUAGAGCUCAUACUUUGACUUCUUCAUUCGACUUUGACUGGACUGUGAUAAAUGAGGUUAUUAGAGGGUUUGGAAAUGAAGUUCAUUUCCUAAGGCCGCCAGCCAGGGCUUCCGGCAACCUUGCCAGCCAGGGCCUCCGCCAGCCUGCCAGCCAGGGCCUCCGCAGCCCUGCCAGCCAGGGGCCUCCGCACGCUGCCAGCCAUGGCCUCCGCAGGCCUUUGCCGCCAAGGCCUCCGCCAGCUUGCCGCCAGGGCCUCCGCAUGCUUCCAGCCAGGGGCAUUAGCACAUUCGCAAGCACGUUUGAUAUUCUUUCGCAACCACAAUCAAUCGAGGCACAAGCGAACAUGUCGCCAUCAUUUACUUAG